UUCAGGAUGAUGUCCCAAUAGCCAACGGUCAAAGACUUGGGACUCGAAGAGUCUCUCUCUCCUCCCCUGCGUCCGAUGGCUGCUCAGAGGCUUUCCAUUCUUCUUUCCCAUCUCACGCAGACCAAUCCGAUCUGUUCCUUCUCAGACCAACCUCCAGUUUCUCUCGAAUUUCGACAUCUUUCUGGCGAUUCCAAACUUGGGUCUCGUGAACUGAAGGAUGAGCUUCCACCCACUUUAUAUGGUGAUGAUGGGAACUCGGAAUGUCGGACAUCAAGGAAGGAUGAUGUUGAAAAUAGUUGCGUUUUCUGUAGGAUUGUUAGAGGCGAAUCUCCUGCUUUUAAGCUUUAUGAAGAUGAUGUAAGUUUAUGCAUUUUAGACACAAGCCCUUUAUGCAGUGGGCAUUCUCUCAUUAUCCCAAAAGCCCACUUUCCAUCUUUAGAAGCAACUCCUCCUUCAGUAGUUGCAGCUAUGUGUUCACUGGUUCCUGCCCUCAGCAGUGCACUUAUGAAAGCUACUCACUGUGAUUCCUUCAACUUGGUGGCUAACAGUGGAGCUGCUGCUGGACAAGUUAUAUUUCAUACUCACCUUCAUGUAAUUCCUCGCAAACCUCGUGAUCAUUUGUGGACAUCUGAGAGUUUUAUGAGGCGAAGGUUAAGCUUGAACAAGGGUACCGCUCUUCUUGCAAAUGAUAUUCGUACGGCGCUCUCACAAUCACAAAAUACGUGUAGUGAAGAGUCCAAGCCGAGCUCUCCAACCAAGUGAUGCUUACAUGUCUGUGGCAAGUGGCAAGCCCUUGAAAAUAUAGCAUUUCAUGUUCGAUUAAGUGUUUAUGUAAAGAACUUGUGUACCACUGGUUUUGUGCAUUUCAUGCUCGUGUAGGGGCAUGCACAUAAUAAUGUAUAAAGUACUUUGUUUUUCUAAAAGUACAAGCUGGCUACCUCUCUAGAGAAUACUUA